UACAUAGUGCACGCAUGUAGCGCGUAGAGGGUCAUUUGGAAUUCUGUUUUUUGUCUUGAAGCUCUGCGCCCUGAGCUCUCUGCUCCAUUUCUGCUGUCACACACUUCAUUCAAUGCAGUGGGAUUAAUUGAAGCGAAGUCGGUUAUUGUAUCAGGCUGUUUUGUGGCGUGAGCGGAGACUUCAGGGGGAAAAUAUUCGAGAGUAUAAGAUGAAGCUGAGGUGGAGUUGGACGUGUCUCCUGCUCCUGUCCAUCGCUGUGGUAACAUGGGCCCAGGAGGAUGAGCUGGAGGAUGAUGAAGAGGCACAGGUGGAGGAUGGAGAGGUGGACUCCGAGGACGACAGCAGUGAAGUAAAAGCUGACGCUAACGUCUCUUUCCAGGUCACAUAUAAGACCCCUGUACCCACUGGUGAAGUUUUCUUCUCUGAGACUUUCGACGAUGGAUCUCUCAGCAGCUGGUUAAAAUCCAAAACAGUGAAAGAGGAUGCAGAUGAGGAUAUUGCUAAGUAUGAUGGCAAGUGGGAGGUGGAGGCUCUGAAGGAGAACAAAGUACCUGGUGACCUGGGUUUGGUCCUGAAGUCUCGCGCAAAGCAUCACGCCAUCGCAGCUCCUCUCAACAAACCAUUCAUCUUCAAGAACAAACCACUCGUGGUGCAGUAUGAAGUCAAUUUUCAAGAUGGCAUUGACUGUGGUGGUGCUUACAUUAAAUUACUCUCUGAUACCCCCAACCUGGACUUGGAGCAGUUUCAUGACCGUACACCAUACACCAUCAUGUUUGGGCCAGAUAAGUGUGGAGAAGACUACAAACUGCAUUUCAUCUUCAGGCAUAAAAACCCUUUGAAUGGAGAUUUUGAGGAGAAACAUGCCAAGAGGGCUGACACAGACCUCAGAAAGGUGUACUCAGACAAGAAGACUCACCUCUAUACACUGGUUCUGAACCCAGACAAUACCUACGAGAUAUUUAUUGACCAAUCCAGUGUGAGCAAAGGAAGCUUGCUGACUGACAUGGUUCCACCUGUAAACCCUCCUAAAGAGAUUGAUGAUCCCGACGACUCUAAACCAAGUGACUGGGAUGAGAGAGCUAAGAUUCCUGACCCAGAAGCAGUCAAGCCUGAUGACUGGGAUGAGGAUGCCCCUGCAACAGUGCCUGAUCCUGAUGCAGUGAAACCUGAGGGCUGGCUGGAUGAUGAGCCUGAGUUUGUCCCAGACUCUACAGCUGAGAAACCUGAAGACUGGGAUGAGGAGAUGGAUGGUGAGUGGGAGGCUCCUCAGGUUCCUAACCCUGCAUGUCAGACUGCUCCUGGCUGUGGCGAGUGGAAACCUCCCACAAUCAAUAACCCCAAGUACAAGGGUAAAUGGAAGGCUCCGCUCAUAGACAACCCCAACUACCAGGGUGUGUGGAGUGCACGUAAGAUCCCAAAUCCGGACUACUUUGAAGAUCUGGAGCCGUUUAAGAUGACCCCAUUCCGGGCUGUGGGAUUGGAGCUGUGGUCCAUGACAUCUGACAUCUACUUUGAUAACUUCAUCAUCAGUGCAGAUAAAGAGGUGGCAGACCGCUGGGCCGCAGAUAGCUGGGGGCUCAAAAAACUGGUGGCUAGCGCGAAUGAGCCGGGGGUGUUUAGUCAGUUGGCAUUGGCGGCAGAGGAGAGGCCGUGGCUGUGGAUAGUCUAUAUUCUGACUGUUGGACUGCCUAUUGGCCUGGCUGUUCUUUUCUGCUGGCCUAAGAAGUCUGAGGAUGAUUACGUCUAUAAGAAAAUCGAUCCACCCAAAAGCGAAGAGGUAAAAGAAGAAGAAGAAGAAGAAGAAGAAGAGGAGGAAGAGGGAGAAGAGGAAGAGCAGGACAAAGAAAAGCAAGAGGACACAGUUGAAGCAGAGGAAGCUGCUGAUCCAAAUGCAGAGAAUGCAGGGAGAAGUGAGGAGGAAGGUGAAGAAGCUGAAGAAGCUGAAGGAGAAGCUCCAGAGGAGGAGGAAGAGGAAGAGGAAACUAGCAAAUCGAAUGACAUGCCUUCAGAUGAUGAGAUGAAGGAUGCUGAUGAGGGGAUUGACAGCGCUGGAGAUGGACAGAAACAGGCUGUGAGAAAAAGAAGAGUACGGAAGGACUGAAGGGCCUGUUUCCUAUCCUUUCUCCCUGUUCCCUUCUCUUUCUCCUUUUCUUGCCCUCUCUGCCUCUCUAAAUGCUGCAUGCCCCUGGCUUUGUGAAGACCACAGGCUCCACCCCUCCACCGGAGCUCCUCCUUCUCUUUCUCUUUAUCUUAGUCUUCCUCUCCACCAGUAGUUUGGGUUACUCUUUCAGUUUAGUACCAAUGAAAACUCUGCUGUAUUUCCUCAUGAGAGGACUGAACAAGUAGCAAUGAGACCAGAUUUUACAACUGACUGUGCACGUACUGAUAUGAAGGGUAAGAAAGAAAGAUGCAUUUGGAAGGAACUAAUUUCAAAUCCGACAUUACGUCAUGUUUGUGAUUAUUUCAAAAAGUGUUCUUUAACUUAUUUAAAAGGAGUUAGCGCCAGUUUUGUGUGUUUAAGUUAUUGCGUUUUUAGCUUUAUUGCUUAAAAGAAAGUGCACUGAACAUAUUUAUUAUUUGUAUGUUGCUUAGAAGAUGAGUUUGAUGUUGGAGAUUUUAAAAAUCUUGCGUUCUGUAGUUAUCACUCUUAGUUUAUAGUGAGGGAGAGUUUGACUUGUAGAAUCUGAAUCUGUUUUCGCACAGCAUCUGACAAGGCUUUGUGGUUUGGCAAACUAAAGACGUGAUAUUUUAAACAUGGCCAAUGUAUGUAAUCAUUCUCUUCAAACGUUCAGUUAGAAAGCUCAUUAUUCUACACAAAUAUGAUGAGGUAGAGAAGAAAAUGCAAGCAAAGCUAAUGUGAGCAACUAAAAUGUAAUUUCAGACUCCAGUGUAAUCACGUGCGGACCAAAAGAAUCCAGUUGCAAUCAGCUUUACUGUUUAAUGUAAUAGUUUGGCCAAAAAUGAAAUGUACAUCAUUUUCCCUUUAGCCUAAUAGCGGCAUUGCAGUUUUCAGACUUUGUGUGUGUAAUGUUUAUAUUUAUAUUUAUAUAUAUAUAUAUAUAUAUAUAUAUAUAUAUAUAUAUAUAUAUAUAUAUAUAUAUAAAUACACACACACUUUUUUUUUAAAAUCUCAACCACCAGCACACAAUUUACAUAUUUUCCUAUGGGAAGUGGCAGAAUGCAUCUACUAUUAAAACAUGCUCAGUUUUUUUUUUUGUGGCACAGUUGAAUGCUUUAAGUGUUGACCUUUUCAGUGCUUUUUUUUUUUUUUUUUUUUUUUCCCUUGUCUCUCACAAGUUGGGGGCAAAUGAGCAAAACAAACAUGAAGGACAGGGUGCUAGAAAAAUGAGCCUCACUUAAAUGUUAGUGAGUGAAUGUAAGGAGACGCAUAAAUCAAAAAACAUUUAAUACUUUAUUCCAACACUGCAAUGUAACUAAAAAAUAACAACUCUGUUUUUGGGACAAAUAUGAAAUCCCACUUUAACUGUGGCUGCAUAGAGUGAAGUCUCACAAGCAGCUCAAAUUUUCUUGAUUUUCUGCCUUCAAAUCAACAGCAUAGACAAACACCCUCCUCAUCACCAGAGUUAAACCAAUUUCAUCUGCAUUAAUGAUAAAUCUAAUCUACAUAAGCAGCUAGAUGGUUAGGUAGCCAAUACCUGCCAAAACUGGUAAGAGCGUUGUUAUACUGAGUGUGUGCAUCACAAGCACCCUUCUUCUCUUUUCUUUUCAUAUUAGCACAAAAAGCACCCUUAAGAAGGUAACACAUCUUCGCUAAGGCAUCACGUUUGGGAUAAGGGGAAUACAGUGACAUUUCAUUUUUGUAACCAUUUCUUUGAGAUAAUUUGUGACUAUAGCCAUCGGCACACAGAAUGAUUCACUGUGAGCCCUCAUCUAUCACACAGGAUACUUUCAGCUUACUUACUCUGUAUUGUUUUUCUGGUUUCUGUCAUGCAAGAAAUGCUUUUAAGUUACGUUUGUUUGUUUGUAAUCUGAACACUGCAGUUGGAAAUAAACAUUUAAUACAAAA